CCUCCCCCUCCCCUUGCCCUCUCUCGCUCGCCGCCCAUCGCCGUUGCGUCUCCGUCGUGGUGCUGUCGCCGGCUGUCCUCUAUGGCGCUCGAGAGGAAUCGGGCCGCCUCCUCCCUGGCCCUCCUCCUCCUCCUCGUCGCCGGCGCCGGCACCACUGGAUCCCUCCAACCCCUUCCCACGAAAAUCUCUGGAGGAGGCGUGCCGGCGAUGGUGCUGCCGCUCUUCCUCUCUUCGCCCAAUUCCACCCGCCGCGCCGCUGAGGCCGGCUACUUCCGCCGCCGCCAGCUCUCAACCGCCAACGCCCGGAUGAGGCUCUACGAUGAUCUCCUCACCAACGGGUACUACACCACCAGGCUUUUUAUCGGGACUCCGCCUCAGGAAUUCGCACUGAUUGUGGAUUCGGGGAGCACUGUCACCUACGUGCCCUGCUCCUCUUGCGAGCAGUGUGGCAAUCAUCAGGACCCGAGGUUUCAACCUGAGUUGUCAAGCACAUACAAACCAGUAAAAUGCAAUACUGCUUGUACCUGUGAUAAAACCAAAACACAAUGUGUUUAUGAGAGGCAAUAUGCUGAAAUGAGCUCUAGCAGCGGGGUGCUUGGAGAGGACAUUAUAUCAUUUGGCAAAGAAAGUGCACUUAAGCCACAGCGUGCUGUUUUUGGCUGUGAAAAUUCUGAAACAGGUGAUUUGUUUAGUCAACAUGCUGAUGGCAUAAUGGGACUGGGCCGUGGUCAGCUCAGUAUAAUGGAUCAGCUCGUUGAAAAGGGUGUAAUACAUGAUUCAUUCUCUUUAUGUUAUGGUGGGAUGGAUAUUGGUGGGGGUGCAAUGGUUCUUGGUGGUACCUCUGAUCCUCCUGACAUGGUCUUUUCACGUUCAGAUCCUGUCCGCAGCCCAUAUUACAACAUUGUGCUGAGGGAAAUACAUGUGGCUGGGAAGCGAUUGCAAUUGGACCCAAGGAUUUUUGAUAGAAAGCAUGGAACUAUCUUGGAUAGUGGAACCACAUACGCAUAUCUACCAGAAGAAGCUUUUGUAGCAUUUAGAGAUGCUAUCCUGAGCAAUCUACAUUCCCUUAAGCAAAUUCGUGGCCCAGAUCCCAAUUACAAAGACAUUUGCUUUGCUGGUGCUGGAAAUGAUGUCUCCCAACUCUCGAAAACCUUUCCAGAGGUUGAUGUGGUAUUUGGCAAUGGACAAAAGCUGUCACUUUCUCCUGAAAACUACCUGUUCCGGCAUUCAAAGGUUCAAGGUGCUUAUUGCCUGGGAAUCUUUCAGAAUGGAAAGGAUCCAACAACACUUUUAGGAGGAAUUGUUGUUCGCAAUACUCUGGUAACUUACGAUCGUCAGAAUAAAAAAAUUGGGUUUUGGAAGACUAACUGUUCUGAACUAUGGGAGAGACUGCAUAUCAGUGGAGCCCCUUCGCCAGCACCUUCAUCUUCCUCUAACUCAAAUUCAACUGCAGAAAUAUCACCGGCAAUGGCUCCUAGUGGACUGCAAGGUCAAUUCCAAAUUGGACUCAUAACCUUUGAUAUGUCUUUGAACAUAACAUAUGAAGACCUCAAGUCCCAUGUUUCUGAACUUGCAGAGCUCAUUGCACAUGAGUUAGAACUCGACUCACAUCAGAUACAUUUGAUGGAUAUUACAAGUAAAGGAAAUGAUACCCUAAUAAGAUGGGCGAUCUUUCCGGAAGGAUCUGCUGAUUUUUUUUCCAACACAACAGCAAGGGGCAUCAUUUCUCGUUUAACUGAGCACCGUCUUCGUCUUCCUGAAAAUUUUGGAAGUUAUCAAUUGGUUGAGUGGAAUGUUGAACCUCCAUCAAGAAGAACAUGGUGGCAACAACAUUUACUGGCCAUAGUUGUGGGGAUCUCUGUGGCUGUGUUGUUGAGUUUCUCGGUCCUCUUGAUAUGGUACUUCUUGAGAUAUAAAUUUGAAGGUCUGAGAACAUACAGACCGGUGGACUCUGCUGUUCCGGAACAAGAGCUCCAACCAUUGUAAAUUGUAGCUAUGAUUGAAGCAAAUAUUAUGUUGAUUCUUUACCAUCAAUAUUGCCAUUAGAAUAGCUCACAUUAUUAUGCUGAAGCAUGUUGCUGGCCCAAGUCUGGUUCAGCCUAAUUUGUAAUGCAAGCUCACAUGCAGCACGAAUAUGAAGAGAGUGCCUCGUUGUAAAGGGGUGCAUGUGUGAGGGAAAACCAUGCAGUAAUAUAGAUCAAGAUAUAUUUUAGUCUUGAAUUUUUGUUCAAAUUAAGAGGAAACAGAACUGGCAUUUUUGAAGAGCUCAUAAUGCUAGUUUGUGACAAUUCAUAUAGCGUGCCUUUGUCAAA